AACCUUUGUGGUGAUCUUCAUAACUAAUUUUAUUUUUCUGCAUCAGUUUCAUGUGCGUCGGUUUCCCUUAAAUUUAAUUUUAAACUUCUUUCUUUAUUACUCAUCGAUAAAACAUCAAUGCCAAAAUACUACUGUGACUACUGUGACACCUACCUCACACAUGACUCACCGUCAGUGAGGAAGACCCAUUGCAGUGGUAGAAAACACAAGGAAAAUGUCCGCCUCUACUAUCAGAAGUGGCUUGAAGAACAGGUUCAAAAGCUGGUAGAUGACACAACUGCAGCAUUCAAGGCAGGUUCUAAGCCAGGACCUGGUCCCAUGCCUGGGCCCCCUAUGAUGCCAACCAACCCCAUGGGAGGCCCCAUGGCCCCUAUGGCCAUGAUGCACGGACCUCCAGGACCCAGACCAAUGAUGAUGCCAGGGAUGCGGCCAAUGGUACCAAUGGGACCAAUGGGAAUGGGGCCGCCAAUGCAGUUCCGGGGAGGGCCCCCUAUGAUGGGACCACCAGGGGGUCCCCGAAUGAUGAACAGAUAAUCUCUAGUGUAUAACAACAGAUUGUUGUUGUUUUAAUUUCCUGUGGCUUUUCAUUUGCACACUGCUGAAUACUUGUUUAUUCCACUUUUUAUAAACACGAUAAAUACCUGGUAGAUUUUAUCUUAUGUUUUCCACUGAUCAUUUGUUUGAUUAUCAAGUCAUUUUGUUAUUAUUGAACUGUAUUUUCUACACAAGAUGAAUUAAUACUGUCAAGUCUGUUACCUUGUGUUAAUUCAAUAUUUAGAUGUUAUUUCCUGAAAUUCAAUUUUUAUCUAUAUUUUCUAGGACUGAUGAACAGGUUAUCUCCAUCUGGCAUUAUAUUCAUGUGGUUUCUGAUAAAAUGUCAUUCAGUGUCUCAAGAACAAGUUCAUAUAUCUGUAGUUUCUCUGCAUAAUUGUCAUCAUUGAUAUCAGCCCCAUGAGCAUUGUAAUAUUUGAUUCUUUAUAGCCUCAUCUUAUGUAUCAUUUCAAUUUACCAAAAUGAUGUUUAACCAGUACUACAUUUUUCGGGAAAGCCAUCGUUGUGUUUUUUUACGCAAAUUGAUAGUAUGCACAUCACAUCAUUUUUUACGUUUGAUUUCCAUAGUAUGUCUAGCAAAGUUUGGAUAAUAAAAGUAAAGACAA